ACCAACACCCAAUAAAUUAAUUAGAAAAUAAGAAAAAUAUAUAUACACGCACGUACAAUGGUAAAUACACUAUGAAAUGACAAACAGCUGAUCCUUCCUCGAUCAUGGACAACAGUUUCCAAAUCGAUGCCAACGCCAAUCGCCGUAUCAACGGCGGCGGAAGUGAUGACGAGGACGUCGAAGAAGAAGCAUGCUGCGACGUGGAAGCAUGGGAGAUUUUGAGCAAGGCCUUCAAGGAGGUACAAACUGUGUUAAAUCACAACCGUGUUUUGAUUCAAAAGGCGAACGAGAAUCACCAGUCGAAGAUUCCUGAUAAUUUGGCGAAAAAUGUUGAUUUGAUUAAGGAAAUUAAUGGAAAUAUAUCCAAAGUACUCGUUCUUUACUCGAAUCUGUCUUCGAAUUUCUCCAGCGUCAUCAGACAGCGGCGGGAAAUUAACUCGGCUGUUGAGAAGAAUAUCAGCGAAGAAAAUGAUAGCAACAAAGCGUUGUAGGACGUUGAAUCUUGAAAUGACUGAUUCCAUAUUCCUGUAACUUUCGACGACCUUUUAAUU